AGGUUCCCCUUCAGCAGGUAUCUUCAGCUGACGAGCAGGAAGAAGAAGUUUGUAGUUAAUCAAGAGUGCUUCUUCAGGAUAGUGCUUUGGAGUGACAUCCAGUGAAGAUGGGUCCUUCCCUGGACGAAGUCCUUAAAGACAACAGAGUCGUGCAGGAGAUGCUGAACCGCCCGGAUUCCUUCAAGUUCAAAAUUGCCCCGACGCUGAUACUCACGAUGGUGUCGUGGCCGACGCACACUCGCCUAAAUUUGGAGGACAUGAAUUCGCCCACCGUCCUCGCCGGCAUCCCCACCAAUUUCCCCAUCGAAGGACCCAUGUCGGAGGUGCUCAAGAUCCUCACGACUACAAUGAACUUCACGUACUUGCAGGUGGUCCCUCCAGAUGUGUCCUUUGGAACUCCUUAUCCCAACGGCUCGUGGUCUGGUAUGAUCAGGAUGCUGAUGGACAAAAAAGCGGAUGUAGGCCUAGGACCAUUCCAAGUGAUUCACAGCCGGUCCCAAGUGGUUGACUACACUCAUUCCCUUUGCUAUGACACCUUGAGCCUCAUGGCCGUUCGAGGCAUUGGCGUCACUAACCCUUGGGGUUUCCUGAUGCCCUUCACACCAAGAAUGUGGCAGGCGUUCUUCAUAGCCUUCUUCAUAAUUUGCAUUGCUGAUGUUAUUCUGGGUAUUGGAACUUACGAGACGAAUGUCAUUGCUCGAUUUGGAAGCGUGAUGCUGGACUACGCUAUGCCACCCAUGGGCCAAGCCAUGUGCGGCCGCAUCAAGGACUGGCGGCGAACGCUGGUCGGUUCGUGGGUCCUGAUCGCCCUGCUGGUGAACUCGAGUUACGAUGGGUCUCUGAGAUCCUUGAUGUCCGUCCGCCAUGUGCCACAUCCAUUCCAGACUCUGAAGGAUGCCAUCAAGGCCAAGAACCAGAAGCUCAUCAUCGAGCACCGAACAUCCUUCACGGAUAUCAUGAGUAGAGUAACUUCCGGAGAUGUAAGAAAACUCGACGACGCUGGAAAGGCUGGUCGAUACGUCGACCUCAAGAUGAGGGACUUCAUGUCCUAUUACCAUCUAGUCGAGAGGGGCGACCACAUCCAGAUCUUCGACAUGACGACCGCCUCGCGUUAUGUCGCCCUGUACUUCACGAAAACUGGGAAAUGUAGCUUCUACUUCUCCAAAGAGAAGUUCAUCCCGACGAUGUACGCCAUGACAAUGCGGAAGAACAGCCCUCUUCAGAAGCCCAUGAACGCCAGGGUCAUCAGAAUUUUCGAAGCGGGGCUCUAUGAUCAUUGGAUGAGGAGUGGCGUGGCCAACUACACAGCCUGCGCCAACCCGCCGACGGAGGUUCCUUCGCAAGAUCCCAUAGGAUUCUCUAGCAUUUGGGGACUGGCCGUUAUCUGGGCAGCAGGUAUGUCAGUGGCAGCAGUUGGUCUCGUCUUGGAAUUGGUUUACUAUCACCUGAUUGGAAGCCGAAGUUCUCCAAAGGACAAAGAUUCCAAAGUUGUGAGUCCAGAUAAUGAGGAAAAGAUCAAACCUAGCAUGUAACAGAAGUCAGGACUCAGUUUCAGGAAGGAAAAUUGAAAAAGAGUUCCAGAUAGGAAAUCCCCAUCGACCAUUGAUGAGAUAAAGUCGGUGUCAACGAAUAUUUACUUGGCCUCUUAGUAGUCGUGCACGGCCACCAUUGUUGGGCCCCAUCUUUAUCUUGAGUUUCCCUUUAUGUGGAACAUAAUCAUUGCUUCUUUUUGCAAGGUUUCCAUUAAAUACAUGCAAGAGCAUAUUGCCAAAAGAUGCUAUUAGAAUAUGUUGAAAGAUAACAAAAGAAAAGAAUGCUUAAAGAUGUUAAACUAUGCCAGUAAAGAUGCUGAAAGGGUCCAGAGAAAGAUGCAAGAAAAACAAUACUGGAAGAUGCCAGAAAACGGUUUUGCAUGACGUACACUCUACAAGUCAAGGCCUAAUACACAAAUACCUUGCAUGCAAUAAUUACUACUUUCCUGUAUCGUUUAUGAAAUCUAGUUCUAGUUUCCAACCCAGGUUAAUAAUCUCAUCCAUGUUAUCUGGUCGAGCCAUACCGUGAGAUCGUGAUUAGUUGUUAUUGCAAUUAUAUACGGCUUGCAAGUUGCCUCACCCACCAGGCUGAACAAUUUAAGCACAUCCGUGAAAUUCCAUUGUGCCUCUGUUGGCUUGACAGUGAGUUUGUAUCCGUUGUUGUAUGGUCUGUUAUGGUGUAUUGUAGAGAUCAUGAAAGU